AUGCGUGCACUCCACCCACGCCCUCGCAUCGCGCCGUCUGUGCACCGCGUCUGGAGUCGCCCUGCGCCGUCCCACCAUGUCACGUGGUUGACGCUUGCCGGUGUUGCGUACGUCGUCGUCGCCGUUGUCACGGGCGUCUACUACCUCGUGCUGCUGCGCCCGAGCUUCUCCAACGAUCUGUGGUGGUCCGGCUACAACAUCAGCGGCUACGAAGCGUUCCUCGUGGACCUGGCCAACACCGUGCUCACGACGCGGCAGUUCCCGGGCGCUGUCGACUUGCUCGCACCGCGGAUGGCCAUGCGCAAGCUCUACACCGCCCCCACGUCGCUCUCGCUCGUUGCGCCGACAUACGUCCGCCGACUGCUCUACAUUGAGCUCACGUCGCCAGCGCAUGCGAUCCCCAAUUUGCGCGCCACCAAGUCGCAAAAGCUCGUGUGGCUAUCCACGCAGCUGUGCUAUGUCGACUUUAACCGACAACUGGAGCUCGCGCACACGGCGGCCCGGCAACAACGCCACGUUGCGCAACACGCGUUUUAA